CAACGUGGUUAAAAGAUAUGUCAGUCAACCACAAAUCGAAAUCAAAAAUCAGGGGAGUGACUGUGAAGAAAGGACUAAUAAGCAAACAUAUUAGCAAAAUGGGGUCCAACUUAUAAUUUUGAUAAGUUUUAAUGUUGAUAGAGGGCUGGAUAAGGAUAUCAUGGGGAUAAAAAAGAAAGCGGUUUCGGCCACUUCUUCGAUCAACGGGUUGGACGGAGGGCUCGCAAUUUCGAUCGGAAUUGGGCACGAAGACAGACGGAUCGGGGACGGACUACUUCUUCGACGCUGGGUGGUUCUCCGAUUGCAACAGCAGCGGAGGACGAUAGCUCGUGGUGGCAAAGCAGAGCCAAACCUGCGGCGAACCCUAGUCUUCGUCGGACAGUCAUUAACGAGGGCUGAUUCUGGCAAACCAAUAAUCUACCAAGUGGUGAAGGAAAUGAUUGAGAAGAUGGGCUAUAAAGUAAUGAAUGAGUUGCUUAUUUUGGCGUUAUUAUAGCACUAAUCUAUAUCUAUAAACCUAGUUGAAUCAUGAUGCUUAAUUUUUUCCCCUAUUGUUUAAAGGAUACUACUCGAAGAUACCUUAUUUCUUGUACAAUCGGAUGUACCAUAUACCUUCUCUCCGAAUUAUAUAAUAGUACAAGGUUAAACAUUGGAAGUUGUGACAAAUUAUCAUCAUCGCAAUUGUAAUAAAGCCUUAAAAAAGGU